UAGCUUUAGUGCAGAUGUCUAGGUAUCGCCUGUAAACUGGCCAAAGUUGGUCUCACGAACCGGACACAGGCACAUGUGAGGCUGCUUCACACACUGGAGGAAACAUUCAAGGAAAGAUUAUCCCAGUGAAGGAUUAAUCCUCGGAUUCCACAAUGGCGGUUUGAGACCUACAAACUCUUAACCUCCUGGUGACACGCCCACCUCCUUCUCUCUUGUCCUGGUUUCCCCCAAACUGCUUCUCAUUCAUCCAGUAUUUAUCCCUUUUGCCUUGUUUUGGUGCCUGGUGCUGCCUGGAAUCAGUCUGUCCUCAUUAUCGUUCCACAUCACUCCCCUGAUACCUCCUCUCUGCGCCCGGGCUGAGGGGCCGUAAAUCCCUCAGAAUGGUGGCCGAGGCAGACUCGGUGUCUCAGGGCAGCGGUGUGCGGCUGAAGCAGGAGAUUUCCCUCCUCCAUGGCGUCUGUCUCAUCGUAGGAAACAUGAUAGGCUCUGGCAUCUUCGUUUCACCUAAGGGAGUUCUAAUGUACACGGGCUCAUUCGGCCUGUCCCUUGUAGUGUGGGCCAUUGGAGGGAUAUUUUCUGUGUUUGGAGCAUUAUGCUAUGCUGAGCUGGGCACCACCAUCCGUAAAUCUGGAGCGUCCUACGCCUACAUCCUUGAGGCCUUUGGAGGAUUCUUAGCUUUUAUUAGACUGUGGACGUCGUUGUUGAUAGUGGAGCCAGCCUGUCAGGCGGUGAUAGCUCUGACCUUCUCCAACUACCUGGUCCAGCCUUUCUACCCCACCUGCUCCGCCCCCUAUACCGCUGUCCGCCUCAUUGCUGCCGCCAUCAUAUGUCUGCUGACCUGUGUGAACUGUAUGAAGGUCAAAUGGGGGGCCAUUCUUCAGGUCAUCUCCACGUUUGCCAAAGUGCUGGCUCUAAUCGUCAUCAUUAUUACUGGUCUUAUUAAGCUGGGACAAGGUUUUGACCAGAACUUUGAGGACUCCUUCAAAGGGUCCAAGCUGAACCCUGGUGACAUGGCCCUGGCUCUUUACUCAGCUCUGUAUUCCUACUCCGGCUGGGACACGCUCAACUUCAUCACAGAGGAGAUCAAAAACCCAGAGAGGAACCUGCCCUUGUCCAUCGCUAUCUCCAUGCCCAUUGUCACAGUAAUUUACAUCUUGACUAACGUGGCUUACUACGUCGUCAUGGAUGCAGACAAAGUGCUGACCAGUGAAGCCGUUGCUGUGACUUUUGCAGACGAAGCGCUGGGCUGGGCUCGAUGGCUGAUCCCUCUGUCUGUGGCCAUUUCUUGUUAUGGAGGUCUAAACUCCUCUAUCAUUGCUGCCUCCAGGUUAUUUUUCGUUGGUUCAAGAGAAGGGCACUUACCAAAUGUCCUGUGCAUGAUCCACAUAAAGCGUUUCACCCCGAUUCCUGCUCUGCUUUUCAAUGGUGGUAUGUCUCUGAUCUACCUGUCUGUGCCUGACGUUUUCCAGUUGAUCAACUACUUCAGUUUUAACUACUGGUUGUUCAUCGGCCUGUCGAUAGCCAGCCUGAUCUACCUUCGCAUUACAGCUCCAAAUAUGCACAGACCUGUAAAGCUCUCUCUGUUCUUCCCCAUCGUUUACUGCUUGUGCAGCAUCUUUCUGGUAGUGGUUCCCCUCUACAGUGACACCAUCAACUCUCUGGUGGGCAUUGCUGUGGCGCUGUCUGGUGUGCCAAUCUACUUCAUUUGCAUCCACCUGCCAGCCAGCUCCAGACCAGCCUUCCUCGGUCGAAUGCUCGAUAAUCUGUCUCUUAACAUCCAAAAACUGUGCAUGUGUUGUGUGGCCUCGCCUAAUACCGACCUGGACAACAUAGACCCAGAAAAGACUGAAUGAGAUAACAAAAAGCACACGUUUGAAGAGUAUUAUGGAGGAGAGUGAAGAGUGAACACUUAAGGAAUCCGUGUGAUGCAAACAAUCAGGAUUUACAUAUGUGAAGCUUGAUGGAUUUAACGAGGAAAUAAUGGAGAGCUAAGCUCAACACUUCUACUCCUACUCAUCUCCUACAUGAGCCAUAUUUUUAAAGGAGAAAGAAUGACACAUGAUCACCGUCCUACAAACCGCACUGUACAGACAAGAUCAGUGUGGCAUGUGCACACUCGCAUGCUCUUGUACACUGCAGUGUUGGCUGUUCGAUUCCCUCCUUUACAUGUCCAAAUAAACUACAACUCACUCAACAAUAAGCUGCCAUAAAGCCUUAAGGUGGCACUGCAAUAAAACAACAGCCUGAUCCAAGAGGAAUGGACUCUGCAAAAUGCCUGCGGGAUUAAGUCACAAGCAGCAAGUUAUUCCAGAAAAAGUGGAGUUACACAUGUUCAUUGUAUGCCUCACAUGUGUUGUGUCUUGUUUCUCAUUUCAAGCUCUUGAACUUGAACCAGUUUCAUCCUCUUACUAGAACAUUACAUAGGAAUAUCUUCAGAAGUAAAAGAAAAAGUAAUUUUUAAUCUCAUUACCUGUGAUCUCUUAAAUACAAAAGUGACCCAAUUAGAUGGUUCCUGACUUCAAGGUCCCUAGACUGUCAGAUUUAAAAUGUAAGAAGUCCAGAUUUUUGGGGGCGGUGUUUGUGGUCCUCAUAAAUAUUAUCCACUUGGAAAUAAUCCUGAAUUUAGAUUUUAAGCAUUGACUGUACAGGCAUCCUUCGAUGUUCUUUAACUUGCAAACAGACCUCUGUAACCUUCAUAUGGCAAAUUUCAAUCACAAUUUCAGUUUGCCACAUAAAUACCUUGUGAGCUCUAAUCAGAUUUGUCACUGAACUGAAGGACAAAGCAGACAAGUGUUGAUGGUCUCUUAUUAUAAUGUAGUGUAGGAGGGUGGCACUAUUUUCAAUGAGUUUAAAUGAGCUAAUAAGAAUGUGUCCGUUGACUUUGAAUGUUUUUUUUAAAUGAUUUUUCAGGUGGUAGUUCUCAUAGGAAUAUGAUCAGAACAUCUGUCACCAUGUUUCAUGCUGCUGUAGUUAAGGUAAUCCAUAAGGUAAUCCAUAAGGACUGUGAAUGCAUAAUCAGGGCAUUUUUUUUGGUUUCUGGUGCCUCCUAGUGGAAGCUAAAAGGUACAAGUUUUACUUUAAGGGUGCAUCAGCAACUUGUGUUUUUUGACGCUGUAUAAUUAUAGUGACCUUGUUCUUUGAGCCAGGUGGAUUGUGACUGAGUAUAAGCACACAAGUCAAAUACAAGUACCUCUAAACUGUGCUGAUGUACAGUACUUGAUUGAUUGCACGACUGGUGGUUGUGUACACACUCGCAUAAUGUUCCAACUCUUAACACAUUUCUAAUGCAGCCUAAGUGUUAAGGUUAUGGAAAAGGUUUUACAAGUUUUAAUUCAAAUGUGUUUGUUUUCCUGAUAAAACAAACGUAUGUGCCGACUCCUCUGGGUCUUAAUUUUCUUCUGAAUGGGUUCUUUAUAGAUCCAAACCUCAGGAUCCACACUGCUAAUGUGCUCACUUGAUGAUAUUUAUUAUCUCUCUUCUUUUUUUUUUUUUUGCACAAACAUGUCACAAGACUUUGAAUCAGUAAUGGGAUAUUGAAUAUAAUGUUGCCUUUUGAAUAUAUCACACACUGACCGUUUAUUCACAUAUAACCAAAGGUCUUUAACAGGCUGGUGCAUUGUUCUGCUCAGAGUGCAGAGAGCUCUUAGUAAAGUGUCUCUGCUUUCUAGUGAGAGCAUUCUAGGUGUAGUUUGUUGAAACAGGUAGAACCAGUCAAACUUCUGUGUUUGUAUUGUAAUGUGCUCUUUCUCAGCUGUAUGUGCCUUCUGUGAGUGUGGUCCACCAAACAACUUGUCUAUUUUUAUAUUGUAACAUGAUGUUUUGUGUACAGUGUCUAAAGCAAAAUAGAAUUUACAUAAAGCUGUAGGGUUUGCCAGAUGUUAUUCAGGUCUUUUUGAAAGUUUAGAUCAUGCUAAACCAAUGGAGCAGCUUCAUGUUUUGUAGUUCAGGUCAGUCUAAAACGUUUAGGUCUUACAUAGACCAUGUUUUGUGUUAUCCCGAAGUACAACACCAGCCAACGGUAGAUUUGUUUAAUGUUGGUUGCUCUGGAUUGUGUCAUUGUAACCACAAUAUGUCUGAAGUAAACUAUGAAUAUAUUCAAUGUAUUUUUCACGUAUGAAGUUAUUAUAUACUCCGGAAACUUGAAUGUUGCAGUAUAACGAGCAUAGGGUACCAAAUGUGUUUUUUUUUCUGUUCCUCUUUUGCGUAUUUGUAGAAUUUUGUUAACUGUUUGUAUUUAUCAUGUUUUGGACAAACAAAAGUUGCAAAAACGUUUUUUUUUCCCCCAAGUACGUUUUAUUUCAAUAAAGUAAAUAAUAAAAUGUG